AUGAGAGAAUGUCCACCGGCGCCAAAAAGACGUACCGGAACGGAAUAUUCGGAGAUGUUUAGAGGUAAAACGACGUCGUCGUGCCGGAGACGGUUGAGUUUCUCGCCGGAAGAUAGUAUUGUUAACUCGUUUAUAACGGAUUUGCAGUGGAGGACGACGACAAUGACGAUCAAGAAAUAA